AUGUUUGGCGCGUGGUUGCCUUGUCCAGGCGCGUUUGAAGCGCUUCCCCUCCAGCGCUCGCUUGCUUUCAAGGGCUCGAAGAAAGCUCCGUGUGCACCGUGGUCGGUCCUCGACGUAUCUCGACGUGCCUGUCGAAGUGCUGCCGCUGAGGAUCUCAUCAAAUCCAACGAGCUGGCAUGGGGAGAGACGGUCGGACAGGUGUUGGCAUGUCUUGCCAAGCUUACAGACACAUGCUGCCUGCCUGGCCAGCGUCCGAGCUGCAGCACAAAGGCUUCGCUGCCACGCUUCAUGCAGUGCUUCUGGUGCACCAGCUCGAUGAGGUCAUGGCAUCACAAGGACAGCAACCGUCGUUUCCAGAUGCCUUUCUCUCUGCACCACCUGACUGUGCACAGUCCCCUGUACCUGUGCUGA